AUGACCGUCGAACAAUGCUCCGGCAUCCGGGACGACUUCGUCAAAUGCGUCCUCCGUACAAAUUGCGUCCUUCGUCAGAAUCGGACCGUGGCGGACUGUGUGAAACAUCCGGAAGAGCUACCGGAACAAUGUCUACACUUGAUGUCGGCUUUCAAUAAUUGCAAGAAGGGACUGCUGGAUAUGCGCAAGAGGUUUAGGGGGAACAUCACGACGACAAGUAAACCUGCCUCAGCAGAGCCCGUGGCCGACAUCUCUCUAUAA